AUGAGAUUAUCCCCUAAUGUUCUGCACGAUGCUAUAGCGAACGUAGUCUCUUCGUCCACACUCUCCCUCCGGGACUCCUCAAUCCCGCUGCUGGAGAAUCUCGACGUUGUGCCUGAUAUCUUCACCGUCCUGGACAUCACAAACAACGACAUCGUCACAUUGGGAAACUUCCCACUCUUAUUCAAAGUAACCACUCUGCUCCUAGCGAAAAAUAACAUCUCGAACAUCCAGGACAGCAUUGCAUUACAACUCCCGCAGUUGAGGACACUUUCUCUCAUUGACAACUCCAUCGGCGACUAUGCUACACUUGAGAGACUAAGUUCGCUGACCAGGUUGGAAAACCUUUACAUCUCCGGUAAUCCCAUCAUGCUCAUGGAGCACGUCAGAGAGUUUGUCAUUUGGUGCCUACCUCAGUUGAAAGUUUUAAACUUUGAAAGGGUUAGACAAUCAGAGCGGGAACGGUGCCUCGAGCUGUUUGGCCGAAGAGAUGAGCCAAGCGAAUUGGCUGACAAACUCAGAUCAGUUGGGUCACAGAGAAGAGUUUACUCACAAAGUGAUCAACUGGAGACCGUGGUGAAGAAACUCAGUGAUGAGGAGCGUGAACAGCUAAAGGAACAAUUGAAGUCUGCAACUUCGCUAAAGGAGAUUGAAAAGAUUGAGGAUAUGCUAAGGAAAGGUUAUAUGUAA